AGUUUCCGGCGUGGAGCAUUUCUAUGUCACACUGUUCGGUGGAUGAGCUGCACACCGGCUUGGCAAAUGCCACCAAGGAAACGCAUAGCCUUUGGGAAGAAAAUAAAGAUUUGCAGGGAAGGUUUGUCAACGACCUAAAUGAAAUAUCACGAAUCCAACAAGCUAUCGCUCAGCUAGAGCGGGAACAUCGUCAGGAUCAGUUGCAACAUGCUCGUCAGUCCAUGACGGAAAUGCAAAGGAGAGCAUCGCAGUUAUACUCUGUACUGACUACGAAAAGAGAGGAAAUUGUGAAAAAGUUGAAUGAUGGGACCAAUUUCGUUGCGUUAUUGCAGAACCAACUCAUCAGUGAGCGUCUUUUUGACUGGAAAAAUCGACAAAAACUUGCUCAAGUUGGCGUUCCUUUUGAUAAUCGUGAUGUGAUGCUGGAUGAAAUACAAAUGGAAUUCGAGUUCUUAGCAGAGCAGAACUGGCAGUUGCAUAUGUUUGCCAGUUGGACGUUAGAUCUACUCACUAGAGGACCACAAGUGAACGACAGUCAUGCUCAUUCGACAGCGUCAAAUUUGACGACCUUAGCUGAUCAGCUGACGAAGUUGCUGUUUAUGUUGAUCUCGCAAAGUUUUGUGGUAUCCGUGCAGCCGGAACCCGUACUAAAAACGCAGCACAAGUUUGUGACCGAGGUACGUCUGUUGAUUGGGGACAAACUAGGCAUACGACAACAUCUGGUAAACACAAAUGUGACAGUCAAAAUCAUCGCUGAAGAAGAGGCAAAACUGCUAAGCUCUACACAGAUGAACCACAAGGAAAUCAAGACAGUAGGUAACAUUAGUAAUGACUAUGAAAAAAUGACGAUGGACGAAAAGGGACAUAUGGCAGCGAAGUUCAACAACUCGAAACUGACUCGAAUUGCUCAUCGCAAACCCCCGCCAAAAGGAGCGGGAGGAGAUAUGAAAUGUUCCUUGAGUGCGCAAGCCGCCACAGACCAGAAAUAUGCGUUGCUGUUUCAUAUCAGCCCAUUCCAGUUAGGGAAUCUCGGGAAGUUCGAUGUUUGGACUCUUUCUCUUCCUUUGAUGGUUACAGUUCAUGGUUCACAAGAUUGUGACGCACAAGGGGCUAUAGUUUGGCAUCGAGCGUUUGCCUCAGUGUCACGCUCGCCGGGAGCAACUGAUAUAGCCGCAGUAGCUUGGAAAGACUUAGCACAUGUUCUGAGACAUAAGUUUACGUUGUUUACCGGAGCUCGACGUCCGUUGUCUGACUCCGAUCUGAAUUACCUCUCUGAGAAAUUGCUCGUACCCAAUGUGCCAGAUCAGAAGCCGAUUACUUUUCACCGAUUCGCCAAGCAAAACCUCCGUGAUGAUGUAGCCUUUUCAUUUUGGGAAUGGUUCUUUUCAAUCAUGCAGCUUAUAAAACAGAAGUUGCUCAAGUUUUGGGAUGAAGGUUGGCUGGUGGGCUUCAUAUCAAAACAGGAUGCUUCUCAGUCGAUGAUGUUGUCUAGUCAUCCUACAUUCCUUCUUCGAUUCAGCGAUACUCAGACAGGAGCUGUAAGUAUAGGAUUCGUUUGUGAAGAUGACGACGGGCAGAAAGUACCGUUCCAUCUCGCGCCAUUUUCUAUCAAGGAUCUAGAUCAGCUGUCACUGGCUCAGCGUAUAGCUAGUUGUCCGCAGCUCAAAGAGAUCAGGUAUCUGUAUCCUCAUAUGGAUAAAGAGGAGAUGCUGCGCUAUUUCGAUAGCGAAGAACGGAAUCGUGGUGGUCCAGACAGUCCCACUGGUUACAUACAGUCUGAAAUUGUAAUGGUUGCAAAAACCAGCAACAAACCAUCGUCUGCUUCGGUGUUCAGUGGGGGCGACUCGCCGUCGCCGCUUUCUGUGCAAUCAAAACUCGAUUGGUCACCCGGUGAAGUGGUUCAGCCUAUCCAGUCGAUGGACAUUGGCGACGAUCUUGCGACCAUGCUAUCCUCAUCUGCCUUGGAUGGAUGCAGUAAUCAGGGAGAUGUGGAAUCCCUUUUGGGGCCAGGUUUUCGUCCACAGCUGCCGUCGCAACCCUUGCAACAAGUGGACCUUUCAUUUGUGGACUCGUACAGUAACCCUGCUUUCUAUCAUCAUGAAUGAAGCCCUAGCCUUUUUACUACUGGACAACGCGAUAUAAGCUAAGGUUAAUUGAAUUCGCUAAGCUUUUAUUUUCACCAGUUCGUAGGCUGUUAGGUUUGUUCGCUCCCUUGAGUAUCUACUGGAUGACUACGCAUUUCAUCUCUAUCUUCUCACUUUUUAUUUUUCUGUAUUUUUGUUGAAGC